CACACAGGGCAUUGUCCCUCAGUCAACAGCCCCCGGGCACCUCGGCCCGGCUCCUGGCCUGCCCCACGCCCCUCGCCGCCUGCCGCUGCGCCAGGCCCAGCCAGCCGGGGCCGAGGCUCCCAGCUGAUGACGAGCCCCCCCAGCCACCCCCCAGCAGCCCCCUGACGAGCUAUAAUUGCUUCGCUCCAUCCUGUUGCUGCCAUUCUCUUGGCGGAGGCAUCUGGGCUUCCAGGCGGGCGGCAGCUGCAGGCCAACCGCCCGCCCGGGAUGGACUGGCCGCACAACCUGCUGUUCCUUCUCACCAUCUCCAUCUUCCUGGGGCUGGGCCAGCCCAGGAACCCCAAAGGCAAGAGGAAGGGGCCAGGGCGGCCUGGCACCCUGGCUCCAGGGCCCCACCAGGUGCCGCUGGACCUGGUGUCCCAGGCGAAGCCAUACGCCCGCAUGGAGGAAUACGAGAGGAACCUCAGCGAGAUGGUGGCCCAGCUCAGGAACAGCUCUGAGCCGGCCAGGAGGAAGUGUGAGGUCAACCUGCAGCUGUGGCUGUCCAACAAGAGGAGCCUGUCACCCUGGGGCUACAGCAUCAACCACGACCCGAGUCGCGUCCCUGCGGACCUGCCAGAGGCGCGGUGCCUGUGUCUGGGCUGCGUGAACCCCUUCACCAUGCAGGAGGACCGCAGCAUGGUGAGCGUGCCCGUGUUCAGCCAGGUGCCCGUGCGCCGCCGCCUGUGCCCGCUGCCACCGCGCACCGGGCCCUGCCGCCAGCGCGCCGUCAUGGAGACCAUCGCGGUGGGCUGCACCUGCAUCUUCUGAACCCCGAGCCUGUGGGUGGCCAGAGACCACCCUCCUUACACUCCCACGCCAAGCAAGGCCGAUGAAAAGUGAAAAGUAAACGUGUCUUUUGUUGAGCAAGACCUUGGGUUUGCUCCUUGAGGCUCCAAAGCCGGAACCUGGAUGGGGAUAGGAGGUUUGGGAGGUAGAUCAAUAUGAAGGAGGAUAUUCCAUCCCUCAGAAUUCUCCCAACACUGGGAUAGGUUAUUUUAAAAAUCCCGCUUUCAUUUCUGCCAUGUAGGGCAGUCACAUCCUUCCUUUAAUUUGGGUGUAUAAGCCUGUUUCAACCAAGUUAUUGGAGCUUGGUUGAUAUAGACGUAUAUAGGAGUGAGCAAGCACUAACUCUCCCCAAAUAAGUCAAGGACAAUUGCAGACAAGUCUUAGG